AUGUCUUACGAAGAGAAAAAGAUAGAUUCAGCCUACGCUGAUGAGCUGGACUUCCCAGGAUCCACAGACGAUGACCAGGCAUCUGGCGUCGCUGUGGUGAACAUUGACCAGAACACAAAGAAGAUCGGUGUCAUCUCGGCGAUCUUCUUGAUUGCAAACAGAAUUAUUGGUGCUGGUGUGUUCUCGACUCCCAGUACGAUUUUGAUUCUUUCCGGUUCCGUUGGUACGUCCUUGAUCCUCUGGGUGGUGGGUGCCCUUAUCGCCUUCACUGGUCUCUUGACGUAUAUGGAGUUGGGAUCAGCCAUUCCAAGAAAUGGUGGUGAGAAAAAUUAUCUCGAAUAUAUCUACACCAAACCAAAGUUCUUGGUGACUGCCAUGUACGGCUCGUAUGUGUUCUUCUUGGGUUGGGCCGCCGGUAACUCCAUUGUCACUGGUGAGUUCUUAUUGAAUGCCGCCGGCAAGGAGGUGACCCAAUGGAACUCUCGUGCAAUUGGUGUGGGUGUGAUCACCUUUGCCUUUUUGAUCAACUCUCUCCACGUCAAGUCUGGAUUGAUGUUGUCGAACGUUUUGGGAAUGAUCAAGAUUGUGGUCAUCGUAUUCAUCUCGGUAACGGGAUGGGUGGCCCUCGCGGGCGGUAUCAAGAUCAACAAUUUCCAAAAGCCCGACAACUUCUCUCAUGCCUUUGCAGGUGAGGCUCCAACUGGUUUUGGUGUUGUCAACGCUUUGUAUAACGUCAUUUGGUCUUACAUUGGUUACUCCAACGCCAACUAUGCUUUGGGUGAGAUUAAGAACCCAGUUAGAGUGUUGAAGAUCGCUGCCCCAACCGCGUUGUUGGGUAUCACUGUGCUCUACAUUUUCGUUAACAUUGCCUACUUCGCUGUCGUUCCUGCCGCAGACAUCCGUACUUCCCAGCGUAUCGUUGCCGCUACCUUUUUCAAGUUCGUUUUCGGUGAUAAAGGUGAGAAGGCUGCUUCUGUCUUGGUUGCUUUGUCGACUUUGGGUAACGUUUUGGCCGUCACAUUUGCGCAAGGUAGAAUCAUCCAGCAAUUGGGUCGUGAGGGAUCUUUGCCCUUCUCAAAAUUUUUCGCUUCUUCGAAACCUUUCAACUCGCCUGCUGCAGGCUUGUUCCAGCACUAUAUUGUGUGUGUUAUUACCAUUCUCGCUCCUCCUCCUGGAGACGCUUACAACUUCAUUUUGAACUUGAUUUCUUAUCCAUUGAACAUCGUCAAUACUUUCGUCGGUAUUGGCUUGCUUUAUUUGAAAUGGAAGAAGAGCAAAGGCAGAAUUCAAUGGAGUCCUCCUAUCCAGACCCAUUUCCUUGUUGUAAUCUUCUUCGUUUUGAGCUCGCUUUACUUGGUCGUUGCUCCAUACAUCCCACCAACUGGCUCCCAAUCUGUUUACAAUAAGAUGCCAUACUAUACUGCUCCUGUGGUCACAUGGGGUAUCUUUGCAAUUGGUGCAAUCUACUUCUUGUUCUGGGCUAAGCUCUUGCCUAAGUUGGGCGGCUACACUUUGCAGGUUGAGGAGGUCAUUGGAACGGACGGAUUCUGGAGAAACAAGUUCUUGAAGGUGCCAAACGGCGUCAACCAAAAGCAAUUUGUUGAAGAGGCCAUCAACGAGGAUGCUCUUCGCAACUAA